CUCUUUGAGGCCACUUUUGUGUUGCAAGUUUUGAAGGUGCAAAGUGGGAGAUAUAUGUUUGUCAUUGUGAAGCCACUUUUUUUUUAUUCUUAUGUUUACAUUAUAUAUAUAUAAAUAUAUAUAUAUAUAUAUAUAUAUAUAUAUUUUUUUUUUAACUGUGAGUGAUGUGGGGGCUGCUUGUGGGGUGCAUGUGAGUCCCUCUCAUCACCUAGAUUUUUGCAUUUUUUGUGCCCGUUUCUGUGUUUCUGUGCCUUGUUGAUGCUUCCGUCGGAUGUGUUUUUUGCUGUUGGAGUUGCAGGGACGAGAUUGCAUGGUGCUGGUGUGUAGUAUAGUGUUGUGUUGUGUGAGUUGUGUUGUUGAAUUGCUUGCGUGUGGGUCACCUGCAGAUUGUUGUCAGUGGUGAAAGCCAAUUGUUGUGGCGGUGCUUGCUAGUUACCGAAGUUAGCACGCGGUGAUUGUGUUCGGUCAGUGUGUUCGUUGUUUGAUGAGUUGAGUGUUGUUUUUGGAGGUUUCAAUUCAAGCUCAUGGGCGGUAGUCAUCUGGUCACCACCAUGGAAAGGUUUUUGUCUGUAUCAUGUUCUAGACCACUUGGAUAGAACUUAGAAUGGUCCUGUCGUGGCCUCGCACUAAUUUCAGCUCGAGGAAAUGAGUCCUCAUGCCAUAACAAGAUACUAUCAGAAGAUCAUCCACAACAUUCUUGAGUAUUUCAACUUUGUGGUUGGGUUUUCUACUAUGAGAAUCUCGCGGCCAAGGUGGUUUUGGACGACCAUUUCUGCGAUUUUCUCAUAGCAGAUGAACUAGCCCCAGAAAUUUUCGUCCAGUAGAGAAAGCAAUCGAAGGUCAAGAAAAGCUGCUGAACAGGUAUGAACCAUUCUACGUUCUCUGAAAAUUUUCGGAAGCGGAGCAGCCAGGUGUGGAUCAACAUACACUAAUGAGUAUUGCUUUGCCUUUCUUAACAAACGGUUUCUCUUGCAGUAAUGGUUGGUGUGAACGUCGUUGCGAUUCAAAUGUUCAUUCUAUGCUAGAAUGUUGACAGUCAGUGGAGAGUAAUGUCAGAAAAGCUGGCUCCCAGUGGGAACAGCUGGUGUAAAAUUGGUUGUUGUCGUAGGCGGUUGGCCUGUAGAAUGGUCAGCGGGUUGAAAAAUUGGUUACGAUUGUAGUUUUUUUGCAUUAUACUGAUAAUCUUAAAUCCGCCGCUUGUUGGGACAUAUCAUAUUCACAACAGCUGUGAAGAAUGAGCGAGGAAUCAUUCCUCUUUGUCCAUUUUGCAUUCAAGACAGCCCAAACUGUUCCGUCUCACCCCCGUCCCGGUAGCCUCUUUACUCACCUCAGGAUUUUCAUAUUAGACCCGAUGUCGCUAAGAAACAGGAAUAUGCAUAAAGACGCAGAUAUUUACGCAGAUGAAUAUAUAUUCGGAGACCGAGACAUUUUUUCUAACAUAGACCGAGGAAUCGGCAAGGGUAAGUUCAAAGUUGGGCGAGCAUGUCCAAAGGUUGAUGAGAAGUUGAUAGAGGAUGAGUCGAUAGACGUCCCUUUGAAGCUGCUGCAUGAAGGAGAGGGUCACGGAGUCACUGUGGAGCUUAAGAACGGCGAUGUAUGUCGGGGCAAGCUCAUUGAAUCCGAAAAUAAUUGGACUCUCCAACUUGAUACCGCCAAUUUCGUCUUUAGGAAGACUCGGCACAAGAUAUUCUCGAGGACUGGCAAAGAAGUGAAGUUGGACUCCAUUUUCAUUCGUGGUAGAAGAAUAAAGUUCAUCGUCUUUCCACACAUGCUUCAGUAUUCAUUCCCUUUCAAGUCGUCAAACUCAAUAACUAAGGGGGUAACAGAGGAAGAUCUGAUAUUUAAUCUAAGACUCCUUCACCUUACGAAUUAUUCUCAGAAAAUGGCAUUGGAUCAGGGCCAAUACCACAUGUGACAAUGCUACCAUUGGAUUAUCUUAGUACAACCUCAAUCUGAUGUGACGUCUGAAGCACACAAUAUCUCGAGGUACAUGUAGUAUAGACCCUUAAAACGAACCAAAGUAGCUUGGUCAGUCUCAUAGGAUCAGAUUACAAAUUUUAAUCUUGCACAAUUUUGGAGGAGUCAAUGCGAGGAGGUAAAUCUCCAACCCUUGACAGUGACAGAUGUGCAUAAGUUUAGGAACACUUAUGAGAGGAUAUCCUUGAAAACUAUGUUACAAUCAGGAUUCGGAAUAGAAAAACAGAGUGCAAGAGUACCAUGUUACACCUA